GUGGUGGACGAGGCGGACCGGCUGCUGCGCCAGCUCUACCAUGACUAGCUGCCGCUCACCCUCGCCGCCCCUCCCCGCUGCCCCUUCCGAUGCCACUGCUGCUACGUCAGCAGUCGCCGGCAUGCAUGCUGACGUGGCAGUGAGCGUGCCGGUUUUGUGCAGCGUCAUGCAUGCACAUGGCGGUGGCAGCGUGAGCGGUGUUCUCCCCACUCCAUUCAUCCACGGCUUGCGAUCUCUGUGGGCCCUCAGUGGUCACCUCAUGCUGCUGUGCGUUGCUGCUAUGUGUUGCUGCCAUGCUGGUGUUACCUCAUCUGAACAGAACACCACCUCUCGGCCUCCCCGUUCCCUUCGUCACGGUCUUCGCAGCGCCAGCGCAGGUGAGGAGGAGAGGCGGACAGGUGAGGAGGAGAGGCGGACAGGUGAGGAGGAGAGGCGGACAGGUGAGGAGGAGAGGCGGACAGGUGAGGAGGAGAGGCGGACAGGUGAGGAGGAGAGGCGGACAGGUGAGGAGGAGAGGCGGACAGGUGAGGAGGAGAGGCGGACAGGUGAGGAGGAGAGGCGGACAGGUGAGGAGGAGAGGCGGACAGGUGAGGAGGAGAGGCGGACAGGUGAGGAGGAGAGGCGGACAGGUGAGGAGGAGAGGCGGACAGGUGAGGAGGAGAGGCGGACAGGUGAGGAGGAGAGGCGGACAGGUGAGGAGGAGAGGCGGACAGGUGAGGAGGAGAGGCGGACAGGUGAGGAGGAGAGGCGGACAGGUGAGGAGGAGAGGCGGACAGGUGAGGAGGAGAGGCGGACAGGUGAGGAGGAGAGGCGGACAGGUGAGGAGGAGAGGCGGACAGGUGAGGAGGAGAGGCGGACAGGUGAGGAGGAGAGGCGGACAGGUGAGGAGGAGAGGCGGACAGGUGAGGAGGAGAGGCGGACAGGUGAGGAGGAGAGGCGGACAGGUGAGGAGGAGAGGCGGACAGGUGAGGAGGAGAGGCGGACAGGUGAGGAGGAGAGGCGGACAGGUGAGGAGGAGAGGCGGACAGGUGAGGAGGAGAGGCGGACAGGUGAGGAGGAGAGGCGGACAGGUGAGGAGGAGAGGCGGUGCUAUGCUAUGCCAUCCAUCCGUCCCCACCUCACAACCUCAAGCCAUUGCACACAAUAA